AUGUCAUUCCUGUUCGUCUCCCGCUUCGCCGCAUUUUACAAUCGGAACUUUGAGAAGCGACCCGUUCCAACAUUGAUAGUGACGAAUGGCGUUUUGAACAGUAUAGCUGAUGCGAUGGCUCAAUCCUCGACCAUCCUAGCAAGUACGGGUUCGGUGAAAGAAGUCGUUCAACAAUAUGAUACCAAACGAACGCUUCGAUUUUGUAUUUUUGGGAUGGCUAUGGGCCCGGUCAUCGGCGGGUGGAUGCGAUUGAUCGAAAGGGGAAUACCGUUGAGGAAAGUAGGUGGAAAUGGCAUACAACUUGCAAAGCGAGUUCUGGCAGAUCAAGCGAUCAUGGCGCCCAUCGGACUGGUCCUCUUCGUGGGAUCAAUGGGAAUCAUGGAAGGCAAGAACACAACCCAGCUUCAAGAAAAGUAUCAAGACGUCACUGCGCUCCUCGCCAAUUGGAAAGUCUGGCCAUUGAUCCAAACGAUCAACUUUAAACUCAUGCCGUUGGCUUACCGAGUUCCAUUCCAAUCGACCUGUGGGAUCGCAUGGACGUUGUACUUGUCAUUGUUAAAUGCAAAGUGA